CCGUAGAUCUGUGCUCUAACAUAGCCAGAUUCUAUGGUCCAUUUCUAUCCUUCACAUUGAAUUGCAGAUGCCGACAACCUCAAUGAAGAAGACACGGCAACCACCGGCUACCUCAGGGCUUUUUAAUAUCCGGUGCAAUGUUGGGGACGAAACGGAUUCUUAGAAGCAAUGGGAAUGAAACAGAGAAGACAAAGAAACCUGUGGGAACAUUGUCGCUUGAAAAUGGAAAAGGUGGAGGUAGCUACCAGAGUACUGUUCAUCUUCUUCAACAUUUGACACAGCAG